AACGUAAAACGUAAACAGAGCGUACUUGUUGACAUGUGUUCAUGUGGACGUAGAUCUAGUAAUGAUGGCAGAAUUUCGGUUCGAUUUUGCCGUCAAAGAUAAGAAUUUAGAACCCGAAAAUACUUCUGAAAAUGCAAACGAUAAAUUGGAGCAUAUAUUUGGUACAAAUCUAGUAGUAGAGAAAGUUGCAUCAAGUCAGAAAGAAGAUUCAGUUGUAAAAGCACAGGAACUCAUUGUAGACCUUCCUGCUGUUGAAGAUAAAAUAAACCCAGACGAUAUUGAUGUCAUAUCAGUUGGUAAUGUUAAAAUAAAUUAUAUCAAUUCUACUGGAAUUGAAGCAGAAGUUAAGAUCGAGCAUUUAGAGCACCAUGAUGAAGACAACAAAACAGAUCAUUUUGUAACUGCUGUUUCAAACCAUUAUGAUUUAAUUAGUGGUGUAUAUGAAGGUGGACUUAAGGUCUGGGAAUGCUGCUUAGAUCUAGCCAAUUACCUAGCCCAUGAGAGCACAUUAUGGAGUAAACUUGAUGUACUGGAGUUGGGUUGUGGUGCUGGAAUCCCAGGUGUAUACCUCAUGGUGAAAGGUGCUGUGGUACAUUUCCAAGAUUAUAAUACUGAAGUACUUGAACGAUUGACAGUACCAAAUGUUAUUAUGAACCAACAAGUAAAGAAAAAAGAUGACGAAAAGAAACUGGGCCAUACCUGUCGCUACUUUGCAGGCGAUUGGUCAGACAUGACUAGUGUUCUAAUGACCAAUGGUAUUCAAAACAAGUAUGAUGUAAUUUUGACGUCAGAAACAAUUUAUAAUGUGAACUACUAUGACAGGCUGCAUACACUACUACAAGCUUCACUGAAACCCUCUGGAUGUGUAUAUGUUGCAGCUAAAACCCACUAUUUUGGAGUUGGUGGUGGGACAAGGAUUUUUGAGGAUUUUGUCAACAAAAAUGGAAUAUUUAAUAUAAAAUCCUGUUGGCAGAAUAAAGAUGGUUUACAAAGAGAAAUAUUAAAACUGGAGUUCAAUCGCUCAAUAGAAUCUUGAAUUACAGCACACUGUUGGUAGACAAAGCAUCUUGGAUAUAGAGAAAGCUCUGUGAUGGAAUGUUACUGGAAUAACACGUCAUUCUAAUGGAAUGAUCAGUGGUGGAGCCAGCGUCUGAAAUCUGGGGGAAGGUAACAUUUAGCGGGAGGGUAACAUUUAGGGGGAGCAAUAUGUUUUCCAGUAGCAGACCUCCCCCCCCCGUAGCGCCGCUGCUGGAAUAAAUGCAGUAUUUUAUGACAAUGCACAUGGAAAAAUGAUGAAUACAACAUAUCUUGUUUCGCACUGAUCCUUUAUUUAAAUACUGUAUUAUAACUAUAUGAAACAUAAAUAAUUGUUACUAUACUGUAUUGUCAUUUGCUUGAUUUUUAUUUUAUAAUUACAAUUGUAUCUGCUUACUCUUAAUAAUACAUUUUUAAAGUGUAGUCAGUUUCAGUGGCGGCACUACAGGUUCCUGAAAAGGGUCCGGGGGUGCACGCCCACCUCAGUGUCACCAUGGUUAGGGCUAAGGUGAACAAUUUGUAUCUCUAGAUACCUAAAAAUGGCACUCUCAAGACUGUAAAAAUGCUUUUAACCAAUGAAAUGACUGGCUUCCUAUGCCCUUUGGCCUCCCAGUGGUGCUGCUCCUGAGUUACUGGUCAGUUUUAAUUACAGUUGUCUACUUUUCAUAUGGGUAGGUAUACUACAGUAUUUCAUUUGUAUAGAUAUAAGCUACGCCAUCAAAUAAAUUGAUGAAAUAUCACAAUAAAUUUUUACUCUAUUAUUACUAUUAUUGUAUUGUCUACGUAUUUUAACAACUAUACAGUAAAUCACUGUAUGGACCAGCAUUCUACUGACAAUUAUAAUACAUACAUAAUUCAACAGGCUAAUUAAUUACAGACUAUUCAUGUUUGAUACUGAAAAGCAGCAUUGCCUGGUGCAGAAAUACAUAGGGAAAAGAGGUAUAAAAUUUAAAAUAUCACAGAUUUUAUGAUUACCAUGUCUCUUCUGGGUCCUUAUUUGAAUGGUAGUGUUACACAGUACUCUAAGUUCAUGAGUUAAACACCCAGUGCUGUUGCCGGGAGGGGGUGUUUUAAGCCAAUCUCCCAUUGACAAUUAAUUGACAGACCAUAAAAAAUGAUUUAUGUUAAGCAUAAUAUGUGCUAAAACAUCUGGAACUGAAAAGACGGCCCAAAUUUACCUGGUUUUCCUAGGCACCAGCAGGGUGCAGGCUCUUCCCGACGGGGGCCCUGGUCCCUCCACUGGUGCCUCCCCUGCCCACAAGGACUUCAUCCCUUAGAAACCACUAGUUUGAAAUUGUCAGACCCCCAGUACCAUUGGGGAAAUCCUCCCACCGCCACUGUAUCACACUCAUAUAGGUGUUCAAUAUGCGUUCAAAGUACCAAACAAACCACUAGCACAAUUACUAUUCAAUGAGGACAGAGCCACCUUGAACCAUACAUGAUAAUCAUAAUGAUAACAGUAAGUACAGUAUUAACAACAACAAUAAUAAAUAAAUAAGAUUAACUUUAUUAAUAGAGUUAUAAUCUUUUCAAUUUAUAUAUCAUUUUACACGCCCAAGUCUCAGAGCUCUUGCGAGGUUUAUUACCCCUGGUCAUUGAAUCCAUAUUCCGGCACAGUGUACAACCUUCCCAGCUUCCUUGGAAGUCUACCUAGUUAAUGCUGCCAGGAUGGUGCAGAGACAAAUACUGUACAUCCAAUGGUACUAAUUCCUAUUCCUGGGUAAAGAGAGACAAACACAGGAAAAGUGCCUUGCACAAGGUCAAAGAGCAAAUGCUGAGAGAUUCAAAUGUUCAUUGUUGAAAGUGGGAAAUGCAACUGAUGUGCUGAUCCCACACAGGCAAUAUGUAUACCUUAAAAUAUAUAAUUGCUUCAAGUAUAUAAGAUUUUUGAAUCGUUAUUCUUAUUGGGUAAUAUCCCCCAACAUUGCAUAAGUUAGUCACCAAAAAGUGAUGAGGCAAUUACUGUAUUCCAGACUAAAAUGCAGAGAAUCACACACUUAAGGCUGGCAAGAAAACAAAAAGGGAAAAACGGUGUUUGGAAUUUUUAAAAACCAGUGGCUUCAGUGCCAGAUCUCAAAGUACACCGAAAAUUACAUUCUUUUGUCUUUUUGACUUGCAGUGAGCCACAAUAUUCAAGGAUUGUUCCCCCUCUCCUCUUAGAUCCACUGCUGGCAAGAUAUUUCCAGAACAUUACG